CCCUUCGUCUACCUAGCUCGCUGCCACCCACCCACCAGCGCGCCGCUCUGCUCCGCCUCCGUGUUCCCUCCAUUCCAUUCCAUCCCUCUCCCGAAACCCUCGCCUUCCCCCACCACAAAAACAGCUACGCAAAGGCGAAGGGGGCGAGGAGGGAGCGGAGAUGGUGGUGCGGAUCCGGCUGGCCCGGUUCGGAUGCCGGAACAGGCCCUUCUACCGGCUGAUGGCCGCCGACAGCCGCUACCCGCGCGACGGCAAGCACCUUGAGGUCCUCGGAUACUACAACCCGCUCCCCGGGAAGGAUGGUGGCAAGAGGAUGGGGUUAAAAUUUGACCGGGUGAAGUAUUGGUUGUCCGUUGGGGCACAGCCUUCAGAUCCUGUGGAGCGCAUGCUCUUUCGUGCAGGAAUUCUUCCUCCACCUCCAAUGCUAGCUAUGGAACACAAGGGCGGGCCUCGGGACAGACGUCCUAUUGAUCCUAUGACUGGAUGCCCUUUGGACAUUGAAGGCCUCACAAUUGUUGAUGAUCCUAAUACUCUGGAUGGUGAAAAUGGAGCAUCGGUUGAGGAGACGGCUUGAAUGAGGCAUGAAAAUUUUAUGCUUUAGUAUAACUAUGCUAGAUAAGAGUUGUUUUACCACUUGUGCCCUUUAGUUGGGUCAGGAGCUUGUUACUGUUUCACAAUGUGAGAAGCUUUUUGCUAAGUAACUUCUGAACGAUCAUUACUUUAUGCAUCCAAAAGUUUAGUUCUUA